UGCGGGCGUGGGGUUGGCACUGGCACCGCUACAUUUGGCCCCGUGCGUCUAUAGCGUCCAGAGUGCCAGUGGUGGAGUGACUUCCUCGACUCCCACACAUUGACGAAGCUCCUUCUCUGUAGGGGGAGUGGUCGAGGCUGGCUUAGGACACACUUAUAAUAGAUACGGGUAGAGAGAAAUUAUGAACGAGAGUGAAACGACAAAGGAGAGAGUGACGAGUGAGGCCUCUCGAGGGAAGACAAGUGACAGUGAGGUGGGUGUGAUGUCAGGAGAAGGUACAGUGCCUCACCGCGAGAAGGACAACUCGGCGGCGCAUCUACACGACCAGAUUCUCCCGACUGACCACAAUGCAAAGGCCGGAAAGACAAACCAGCAGGGACGGGGAGGUCAGCCUGCGAGUGAGGACAGAACAGGUCAAACCACGACGAUAGAUAAUGGCGUCAGACCUACUGGGUCACCGGACUCCCCCAAGGUACCCCCGGGUGUCGCCAACAUGGAGAAAGAGACACCGGUGGCCGUGAACAUUAGUCCCCGGUACUCGAAAUUCUUGGAGACGACCGGGAAGAAGGUGCUUGUGCGAAACUGUAGCAUGGAGGAAGUGGUACAAAAGAUCCAAGAAGGAUGUCCACUGUGGAAAGUCCGCGGCGUAAACAAGUGGUUCCAGCGGCACUACAAGGUGGACAUCGAUAAUAUGUGCCUUGUAGGGGAGUCCAAGAAGUGGUGGUCUCCAGGUGGUGGUGUUGGCAGCGAAGGAGCAGAAAAUGCAGUGCCACUUGUAGAAAUCACAGAAAUUAGAGAAGGAUGGAAGACAGACACCUUCAAUAAAGUAAGCUCUCACACAGAGAAGCUGAAGGAGAAGGGUGGAGGAGCAGGUGAUGAGCCUGUCCUGGAAGAGAACAAGUGCUUCUCCAUUAUUCAUGGCCAGGGAGGCAGAGAUGUGUUGGACUUGGUGGCCUCAACAGAAGAAGAGAGGGAUGCCUGGGUAACUGGGCUGUCGCACCUCGUUCAGUCAGUCAAAGCGUUACACGAAGAGAAGCAAUAUGAUGUAUGGCUAAGGAAGCAGUUUGAGGAGGCUGAUAAAGACAAUAAUGGGUCACUUAAUUUUAGUGAAUGCUGUGCUCUCUUGAAGCAGCUAAAUAUUAAAAUGGACAAGAUUCAUGCCAAGAAACUUUUCAAUCAAGCAAACACCAGCAAGCAGAAGAGAGAUGGAGAGCAGGUAUUAGAAGUUGAGGAAUUUGUAGCCUUCUAUCAUGCUCUACUGAAAAUGCCUGAGGUUGAAAAACUAUAUAAGAAGUAUUGUAGUGAGAAGACAGGGUUAAUGAGUGCAGACCAACUAUGUGCCUUCCUUCACAAAGAGCAGGGUCUUACAGACUAUGAUCAUAGUCAAGCUACCAAGCUUAUGAAUGAAUUUGAAAUUAGUAACCUAAAGGACCAAGGCUACAUGACUCAGGAUGGUUUCUACCACUUACUGCUUUCGGACAUGUUUGAUGUGUUCAACUGCAACCACCAGAAUGAAAUUCAUCAGGACAUGACUCAGCCAUUGUCACAUUAUUUCAUUGACUCAUCACACAAUACGUACCUGACAGGGCAUCAGCUUGCUGGUGAGAGCAGUGUUGAAGGGUACAUCAGUGCACUGAAACGAGGCUGUAGGCUGCUUGAGUUGGACCUCUGGGAUGGAGAUGAUGGAGAACCAAUUAUCUACCAUGGCCACACUCUGACCUCAAAGAUCACCUUGGCUGAUGUUCUCAGAGACGGCAUUAAACUGUAUGCAUUUGAGGCAUCACCCUACCCCGUCAUCCUUUCAAUAGAGAACCAUCUGAGUCUGGAUCAGCAGAGGACUAUGGUGAAGCUUAUGAAGGAUAUUCUAGGAGAUAUGCUGGCAACGGAUCCAGUCCCAGACGACAUUACUGUUAUACCCUCACCAGAAGCUCUCAAGAACAAAAUUAUUGUGCGUGCCAAGAAACCAAAAGCCAGGACAGCAUUGACUACAUAGACAGUGACGACGGGGCAGCGCAGUCAAAGAAGCUGGCAUGCUACUAUUACCAGGAUGGAUGGAAACCCCACAAACCCCUAGCCCCAGAGUUACGACAGAUAGUCAAUGUGCUAGAAGGAAAGAAAUUCCUUAAUUUCCAGGAUGCCUUUGAGACUUAUAAGUGUGUGAAUACCCCUUCAAUUGGAGAGACCAAAGCUAAGGGAUUAUUUGAGAGCUAUCCCGAUGACUUCCUGAAGUUCACUGAGGGUCACGUAACAAAGGUGGAUGCCAGAUUGUUGCCCUUAACAUGCAGACAGAGGACAAGGCAAAUUUCUACAAUGAUGCCCUUUUCAAGAGUAAUGCCAACUGUGGUUAUGUACUUAAACCAGACAUUCUUCUUAAAAAGGAGCCAUACAGUCCUUCAGAACUCUCUGAUAGGUACACUAAAGUCAUCCGUGUGACAGUUCUUAGUGGGCAGCACCUUCCAAACUCAGCCAAAAAGGGAGAUAUUGUGGAUCCUUAUGUGCAGGUUAAGGUCCGUGGUCAUCCUCUAGAUAAACAGAAGCAGCGAACUAAAGUAGUGAAAAAUAAUGGCUUUAAUCCAGUAUGGAAUGAGACUUUAGAGUUGCGUAUAAAAGUACCUUAUGUUUCUUUGAUAUACUUUUCACUACGUGAUGAGAGUUCACUUGCUCGAGAUCCUGUUCUUGCUUUGUGCUGUAUUCCAUUCAACUCUCUCACAACAGGCUAUAGAUUUGUCCAUUUAACUGACCUGGGAAGCAAGUCAUUAGCACCUUCUGCUCUCUUUGUUCAUAUUAGUAUUAGUGACAACUGAAAGAACUUGACAUCAACCACCAUAACUAAUCAGAAGCAAUAAGUCACUCUAAAAAGUGUUCCAAGAUUUAAUUACAUUAAGCUGUUGGUUCCACUCAGCACUUCAUUGUAACGGUAGCUAGAAAAUAUCACAUUUUGCUUCUUUAUCCCCAAGCCACAUCACAACUAAAUCUAGGCAGAUGAAAGCUUUUCAAAGAAAACUGAGUAAGAUUAGUGCAAAAUGUCCAUGAUUAGUAGGGUAAUCAAAAGUUAAAUUAUAUGUUUACAAGGUCCAUGUAGCACAGCUACCAAAACUAUUAAUAUUUAAUGUGAACAAUAGCUAUUUACAUCAUAAGUGAAUAUGGCUUCAAUCCUGUUAAAAUGGAGCAUUGAUGAAAGUUGCUGUACUUAGGAUAUGAUAUUUGACUGGCUUUCAAAAUGUACCAGAGCUUAACUCAAAUGAUGAGCAGUGUUCACUAGCUUGCCUUGGAAUGAUAAGGAUUUCCUCUCACUGUAAAGUUUUAGUAAUGCCUAAAUUGUAUUAACUCUUAAUCUUGAUAAGAAUCCAAUAAGACUAAAGAAUUCUUGACAACUCGUUUCUUUAAUAUUUUGAAAAUGCAGUGUUCUAUAACAGAACUGCUGACUAGCAAGGCCUUCAUUUUUGUUGUCUGAAUUUUCUCCAGUAAGUGUCAUUAUUUUACAAAUCUGAUGCAGCUUAUAAAAAAAAAGGUUACAUGCUUAACUUUGUUCCCAUUAUGUCAGCCUAAAAUAAAAAUGCAAGUUAAUACACAGCACAGUUGGAAAUAGAAUUGCAUGUUAAGCCAGUAAGCUAUCACAUAUAUGAUAUGAAGACUGCUACAGUUGAUGAACAUUUAUUAACAAUUACUUCAAAUAUCUUGUCAUGUCUUAAACCCUUCCAUCUUAAAACAAUGAAACACAAAGAGGUGUAUUUUUAGGGCUUUGAUAAGCUAAACUUACCAUAUAGCAGGUAAAUUAUAUUUUAUUUUCUUGUACUAGUAUAUCAUCAUUUUGGUAAUAUCAGCUAUAUUAGCUGUUUAUUCAUAUGUAAAUGCAGUUAACAGCACAAUUGUAGCAGUGUUUAUUUUGAUAGUUUAGCAUAUUGAGGUUUUAAAGAUAUUGCCUAACAUUUGCAGCUUACAUUAAAUGGAUUUAGCCCAUGUAGGGAGAAAGCGUUUAGUACCACAGUUAUUUGUGUUGCAGAAUCUGAAGUCCUCUUCCAGUAACAUGAAGUAUGCAUCCCAUUUUUUUAAAUUCUAUCACAUGGAAUUGUGAGUGGUAAGAACAUAUAUAAGUGGUACUGAAAACUUAUAUUUCUUAUGCAGUAGUAAUUUUCUUACCUGGCAUUUAUAAGAAAGUAGUGUUAAUGAUUUUAUGACAGCUUUUUUAUACAAAAUGAAUUUACAUAUAUAUAGAUGUCCAUUUUUUAUGCUGUGUGAUUGUAUGACUAUAAUAUUAAUUGGUAGUUUCAUUUAUAUUUUCUUUUUGAAUUUACAGUAAAGGUAAAAGUAAAUGUAGUGACUUUAUUCGAAUAUUUCAUAUGAAUCUAUAAGCUGAAAUCAUUAGGUGCUCGUAAGUUGAAUUAAGAUGAAAUGGCAUUCACAAUAUUAGUUGUUUAUUUAGAUUGUGCUUGUUUUAUUUUCUGUUGAUGCAGCUUCUUAAUGCUUUACUGCAAGCUAUGUCCAGGCAGUGAAAGUUUGCUUACAUCCUCAUUGUGUAGCUUUUUGGUUGUGAAUUGUGAUAUUAUGUGAGAGCAGAUCAUGAAUACAAUAGGAAAAAAAUAAUUAGCACCAUAAUUUUUCAUAUUGUCACACCCAAAAUCCUUUAAACUAGUGUAUAGCUUUGUUAAUAAACUUAGAACACCAUGUAUUGAAAGAGAGAGGAAAAGUAUGAAUUGUUUGAAGAUAACAAGAACUAGAAAGAAAUUUUAUAGUUAGGAGAAUCAGAUGAUACAAAAGCAUCAUGACUGUUUUGUUAUUUUAUAUCUAAAAUCAGAGAUUUACUUAGUCUUAAGUUAUAAGCAAUUUUUUUUAUAUUUCUGUACACGUUAUUAAAGUCACUGAUGGAAGUGUGACUUUUUUCCACAAAAAUAUGAAAAUUUAUACAUAUUUUCCACCAUUUUGCCUUGUAUUAUCUUCCUUGAAGAACUGUAUUUUGACAUAAGUAAGUUGGAUAAAAGUCCAACAUUUUGUCACUAAUAGCACCACAUAUAUAUUUUGGAAAUAUGUGUCUUUGUCAUUUAAUUUAAUUGUUAAGACAUUUGCUUUUUGUAAUUUCAAGAUAUGCUUUUAUUUCAUAUUGCAUGUUUAUUUACAAUCCUAAAUUUAGUAAUAUAAACAAUCUAGAAAGAGAAUUCAUACUAAAUUCAGAUCUUUAGUGUCUAUAAUAAUUCUUUUUAAAGUGUAUUAGGUAUGCUAUACAGGUAUGCCGAGCACAUUGCUACAUGCAUUGGCCAUACUCAAAAAAUAAUAUUACUGAAGCUAAUUCUGUGAUUCCCACCCUGUGAUUAUGUACAUUAAAAUUGAAUAAGAUUUUUGCAUGGUAUUUCACAUCAUCACAACUGAAAUUAUCUCAUAAAGGCUUAUUUUCUCAAAACUGCUCAUGCAUUUGUGCAAUUGAUAUCACUUAUGUUACAUAUAAAUAAAGUGUCGCUUAUUAAUCUGCAAUCUUAUCAUUGCAUCAACAUUUUUAUGUACUUUCUUCAACAGAAGGACCAUUACUAUAUAUAUAUAUUGUGAUGCAGGUGCUUUCACUAUGGCUACAUUGUGUUUAGGCAUGUGACUGUGCUCUGUAGAUAGAGAGGAAUCAGAUAGCUAUUGUGAGAAAAUGAAAAGGGAAAUGCAUAUACAAUCUUGUUAAUUAUUAUAGAAUUUAUUUGAUUGUGUUCAAUAUCAGAUUUUAUUAAAUAUUAGGAGCUUU